CUUCAUUUAAAAGCUGCUGCGCUUAUUUUUCCGGGAGCGCGUCAAGCCGCGAACGGCGGAGGAGGCGGCGGCGUGAGACCUGGCGGACCGGACUUGCUGACCGACCAUUUCAAUUUACGACGGACAGUGGAGACACAACGAUACCAGAAGCCACGUAAAAGAUAGGAGUUAUUUUAUGCUGUCAUGUGCGUCGGCUUUAAUUGCCAGAAACUGGAGGACCGCACGAAAGUCAGAAGCGUGCUUGGAAUAAGUCCAUACUUAUCGUUUCUGAUUGUUGGAAACUGACCGAAGGCUGCUUUCGUAUUAGGAAAAACUGCCGAGACAUCUUCUUCAGGUGUGGACCGUGUGAGGACCGCUCCAUUAAAUGUGAUUGAUCAGUCUCUCGACCAUUCCCCAGUCCCUUCCCCUCCCCCUCGCAACAUGCUGGAGAACAAGACGUGCGAGAACACUACGGCGAUCAACCCAGAGGGGAACCCGGUGAUGAGCACGCUGAUGUUCGUGGCGGGCUUAGUGGGCAACCUGCUGGCCCUGGGAAUCCUGUGCUGGCACCAGCACAAACACCGGGCCAAGACCUCGGUCUUCUGCAUCCUGGUGACGGGGCUGGCCGUCACCGACCUGCUGGGGACGUGCUUCCUCAGCCCGGUGGUGUUCGCUUGCUACAAGCAGCGGACCUCCCUCCUCGGCCUGACGGGCAACCCCGGGCUCUGUCGCUUCUUCGCCUUUGCCAUGACCUUCUUCAUCCUGGCCUCCAUGCUCAUCCUGUGUGCCAUGGCUGUUGAGCGCUGCCUGGCCAUCAGCCACCCCUACUUCUACUCCAAGCGCGUCCAUCGAAGCUUCGCCAAGGUGGUCCUGCCGCUCAUCUACCUCUUCACCUUCGCCUUCUGCUCGUUGCCCUUCCUAGGCUACGGCCAGUAUAAACAGUUCUGCCCUGGCACGUGGUGCUUCAUCAAGAUGGAGGCCGGUGCCAACGUGGAGGACGAGGGCUACGUCUUGGCCUUCUCGCUGUCCUAUGCCUCCCUCAUGGCUCUCCUGAUCGUCGUGGUCUUCGUCUGCAACGGCUCGGUCUUCAUGAGCCUCUGCCACAUGCACAGGAGCCAGAUGUCACGCCGGGGUUCCGUGGUGUCGACGGGACGCAAGAAGAAGAUGACGGACUGGUACAGAGAAGGCGAGGAGGAAGUGGACCACCUGCUACUACUGGCCUCCAUGACUGUCAUCUUUGUCAUCUGUUCUCUGCCUCUUACCAUCUGUGGCUUCAUCAGCGCCGUGUCUCCAAGCGGCAACGACCAGCAGAACCUGAUGGCGUUCCGCUUCUCCGCCUUCAACCCCAUCGUGGACCCCUGGGUCUUCAUCAUCUGCCGCAAGGCUGUGUUCCGUCAACUGCGCUCACUGCUGCGCUGCCGCAUCCCGCGAGGGGCGCUCAAGAACACUGCCCACAACACCCUCAACAGCCCCGCACAGGUCAGGCCUCUGCAGCCUUCUGGCACGGUCCCGCUACAGACUUUUCCCAGCAUGCCCAUGUGAACCCAGACUGACUGAUUGGACCCAGACCAGGAGGGGACAGGCUAUGGGCGGCUGUGGUUCAGCAAAGUGAAACUGAGGCAGCCCACCCAAGAUUCGGAGGAAAGCCAGCAUGAAGGCUGCCUGUCAGUCCCCAAGGACGGCAGGAAGGCACAUGUCGUAAAGCUGAAGGCCUAGAUUUCAAGACAUGAGGGAUCGCGGCCCAUCCCGCUGAAGAUAUGGGACCAAGAAAGGAGGCUGGAGUGGGAUCAGAGAUGAGAAAGCUAGCUGAGCAAUGGAGCGACCAAUCGCAAAUAAAAACAAGUCAGAAUCCCAUGUCCAUAUGGGAUGGUGUGUUGCAUCUUUAUUGGCUGAGAAGUGGUACACUGCAUCUUUAUUGGCUGAGAAGUGGUACACUGCAUUUUAAUUGGCUGAGAAGUGGUACACUGCAUUUUAAUUGGCUGAGGAGUGACUCACCUGGCUUGCAGUGUUACCCUUUUAUACUUUUUAGCCAUAAGGGGGCAGUCACAGAAGCAGUAUCAAACUGCACAAGGACCAAAUGUGAGCCCACUGGGCAGAGGGGUGCAUGACGUUUCCAGACAUCCCUAAAGCACUUUUUCUGGAUGUCACUAGCAGAGAAAAACACAAUGGCGACAUACUGUAACAGCCCUGCUUACAGCGCCCUCUGGAAGCAGGGAAUGGAACUUCAGGCACGUCAGGUGGCUCCCUCACCGUCUGCACCAUCUGCGUCAGUGUGGGAGUAUCGAGAAAAAAAUUACACCUGGACAGAGCUUCCCAAGUUUGGUGAGCUGUGUUUUUUGUAAAUGGCCUGAGAUGAGCUGGCGGUGUAAUGAAUGUCAUGCAGUUUUACUGAGAACCCAAAUUGUGUUUCAUGCACCCCUUUCUAUAGCCGACCUGGAAUGAUAAAAUAAUAAAGAUUUGUUGUAUUAGUGUGGCUAUAUUUUUUUAACGACAAGACCCUGAAAUCCUCACUUUAUACCCUAUAAACAGGUUACUUAAGUAAGCUAUAAAAGUAACCUUUAUUAACAGACUGCAUACUAUUUAGGUUCCUCCAGUGUGAAAGACAGGCCAAGCAACCAAACCAAUAAUUAAUUGUCACAGAAAAUGCAGAUUGAGCCAUUUUCUGAAUUUCUGUUGUGUUCUGGAGGAUUGUACUCCCUGAGUCACUCUUAACUGGGGAGCUGCCUGAAACAUCAUCAGGCAACGUUUGGACGUGGCUAUGAAGGGGAGACAUGGGCACAGUCUGAGGAAGGCUUUAACUCUGUUCUCCCAUGACCCUUGGCAUUCCAGACACACUCAGCAGACCCGGUCAGCCCUAGAGAUGACAUAGACAGCUGCCUAGGACGCCAUCUUCUGAAGGGCCACAGAAGUGACGCUUGCCUCGGGCACUGUAUGACCUUCCACCUGGUGCCAUUCCUCAGUUAACUUAACGGCGCUAUCUAUACUUCAACAAGGGACUGUUCGUCAUCAACGUCUCAUGAGUCAGUGUGAAACAGGAUACUUCAGAAAACCUCAAUGUCAUAUUUCAUAGCAUUAUGCCAGCCUUCUGGCUGAUAUAGAUUUUUAAAUAGCAGUAUUUUAAGUGGAAAGCCCUGUUUAGUACUAAGCAUCUUCACAAGUGAAUUUCCCAACUCAGUAUCUGAAUGACAAGCCUGCUGUUAAAGGAAAAGCUUUAAUCUCAUAUGAAUAGAACUUAAAGAAUUUGUGAGAAACAGAUGCCUGGUACUAUGUUGUGAACAUAACGCAUAGUGACCUUCUCCAGAGAAAGAAUAAUUGAGUUUGGAGAAUAAUUAGAGAAUUAUUUAGCUUAGCUGAUGACAAAACUUGUUGUUAAAGAUGUUAGAAGAUCAUUUGUGGUCCCCUGGAUAAUAUAUUCCUCCAGUCUGUGUCUUCAUGGUUGCUCUGUUUGUUCAACAAUGUAAACAUUUCAUUCCCUAUAAAUCAAAGUGUCAUAUCUCUCGUUCUUUAUUUCACAUGGCAGAAGAUAUGCAGCUGAAAUCAAUUGACAGAGUUGUCAGUGUCCGUUCCGUUGUUCUUGCAGAAUAGAGUGUGAAGGUGGUAUAACAUUGUGCUUCACCAGUACAAGCCUGUCUGUAUUCUGAUACAUUUCCCGUACCAUGAUUCUGUGUUCUCAAUUUUUAUGGACAAAAAACAUGAACUGGGAUCUUCCUUUCGAAUGCCCGUGUGAAGUCCAUAUGCCAUGGAGGAUUUUGGCUUCUCCUGCUCUGCCUAGCUCUUCUGUGAUGAAGGUGGCCUGUGUGACCAUUGACUCUGUGUUGGGGAGGAUGCUUUGAACUAUGGCGGAAACAUGAAGCUACCCUUCGCACAACCGACUAAUGCAUCAGAGAGAGAGAGAGAGAGAGAGAGAGAGAGUGAGAGAGAGAGUGAGAGAGAAUGGCGUUCCCUUAGAAGUUACCAUUCGCUAACCUCCUGAAAUGUGACCAUUUGCUUACAAGCUUUAACUGUCUUCCUAGGGUGGUUUGAUGGGUAGCAUGGGAGUCUCACAGCUUAUGUAGGCUUCUUCUGGGUGCUCCAGUUUCCUACUGCAGUUAAUUGUUGUUUUUAAACUGCCCGUAAUGUGAGAUGAAGUGUGUUCUCUGAGAGGCUCCAAACUCAAUGCAACCCUGUGUUGGGUAAGUGGUUUUGGAAGCUAAGUGCAUCCUGCUCGUAGGUGUAGUGCUUCAGUGUUUGGGCAAAUAAGGGUAGAUAAGACCCAUGUCUGCGUUUCCUCCUACAGGGUACCUGUGUCUGAUCAGAAGCCACAACAUUGCUUGUGCAUGGAUGUCCCUGCGUGUAUAUUUGUUACCAUCCUCAGCCACUGUAAUCUCCUCAUGGGCUCGUGACAGUGACUACAGGUGAUCGCUAUCUCAACUAAUGCUUCAUACAGGAUUGUGAAUAAUAAUGGAUUUCCAGAGUAUUCGCAUGAACUGUAUCGAAUGUCUAUACAGGUGUAAAAUGUUAAUAAAUAAUUUGAAAAGUA